CAAAAAAGAAACCAAGCAACCCAAACAGUGGCUGUCAACCGAUGAAAAAAUAAAGAAAAAGGAAAAUUAACAAAGCCCGCUUGCAAAAGGACAUUAAACUUUAAACUUUGGUUUUUAAUCGAAUACAAAAAUAAAUAGUGCAAUUCAAUAGAAAGAAAAUAAUAAUAAUAAUAAUCUUACUGCUACUCGACUAUGAACGAACUCAUGGACAUUAGUUCCAUUAGCUUUGAAGAUCUGCAGGAGGAAUACCAAAAGUUGAAGGAAAAAUGGUCCCAAAUGGUCUCGCAAAGCGAACAGGACCGACAAAGAAUUCAUGAAUUAAAAAGGAACCUUGACACGGCGACGGCUGCCGAAGCAUAUCUAUCCCAGGAACUCGAGCAAUUGUCGUCGGUGCAGACAUCGCAGGAUGAUGCUCUGCUUCAUAAACAACAAAACGAAAUCGAUGAACUCAAAAAGCGACAAGCUAUCUUGUUGGCAGAGAACGAGGAACUCCAUGAGGAUGUUGCAUCGCUGACUGCUGAGAAUGAAAGACUCAAACAGGAAGUGAAGGAAUUGAAUGCCGCAUCAUGCCCCGUCGAGGUCUCAUAUCAAAUACCCAAGGAAUAUGUGGAAUUACGGGAUAAGUUGGAAGCUGAAAAUUUGGAACUGCUUGCGAAGUUGGACGAAACUCACGAAAGUGUUGUUAAAUUUACCUUAGCCUUGGCUGAAAAAGAAAAACACAUUGAAAUUUUUAAAGACCAAGUGCUUUGUCUGGAGGAGAAUUUGCAAUCGAAGCGUGAAGAAGUCGAUGAGAAGUCUCAUCUACUUGAGAGUGCUCAAGAACAGGUUGUCGAGAUGAAUGCCAAAAUAGCACUUCUCACUUCAUGCCCAAACAAUGCUGAACAGAAAGGUAAUUCCUUAUUUGCUGAGGUCGAUGAUCAGCGACAAGCAAUGAAACAACUGCUGGCAGCCCAAAAGAAAAGCUAUCUCCAAAUGAAGAAGAUCUUCAAUGAGAGUCAGCAUGAAAUUCGUCGUCUGAAGCGGGAGAAUGUGGCAAUGCAUACGGAGUUGCAAACGUGCAGUACAAUAUUUUGCAGCGCCGACAAAGUCUAUAAAGAAAAACUCAACGAAAGAAUUCUGCAGCUAUUAAAGCAAAACGAAGAUCUGGAAAAGAAGCUAAUGUUCACUCAACAGGAAUUGCUGUCGUUGGCAAACGAUAAGGGAGUCGUAUGGCUCGACUCAAUGUUAUUAUUCUGCAAACAAGAAACGGAAGAUAUGAAGCAGGAAAUCCACAGUGUUCGAAUUCAGAAGGGAAUUCUUGAGGAAAAACUACGAAACUCGCAACAGGAAUUGGCUAAGUGGAGAUUUGAAGCGCUUAAAUUACGAUGCAUUUUAAUUGAUCGUGAGAGCUUGCUCACAGACAACAAGAUCGAAUUCAAAGUCUUCACGAAUAGAGAUGUUUCAUUUAGUGAAAGUGAGCUAAAUAAUGCCAAGCCUCAAAUAGCUUUCGCAAAUUUACUUUUGGAGGACAAAAAGUCAAGUGAAGUAAUCGAUCUCCUCGACACAAGCUUCCCACAAAAGACUGAAGAGUCUGUGGUUGUUCUAGGAGACGUUAAGCCAAAGGAAGAUAGUAAAAGUGAUGACGUAUCAAGAAUUGAUUCAGAACCAAUAGUUGAAGAAAAUCAAGCACAAGAAAUGGCCAAAGCAAAAGGUUCAAGUAUUGAAAUUUUUGAAGACGAAAAAGAUUUUAAAAUAAAAACCGAACUCGGGAUGACCCCUCAAAAGCAAUCAAAUAGUGAAAUAAUAAACUCACUAGAAUCUCAACUAGAUUCAAAUAACCCAAGUAUUAAAACCGAAUCACAAGACUUAGAUAAUAAAGAAAAUGUAUUUCUUAAAGUUAAGAUUGAAGAAACUACGCCAAAAAAUAAUAAUUGUGCCAAAAUCGCACUUAAAAAUUCAAAUGUAAAUAGCACAAUACACAAUACUCCAGAAAAUGCUGUAAACAGCCCCAAAUCAAGACCAUCGAUUUUGGUCACCAAAAAGGAUAUAUUCGCCGAUGAAGGCAAUCUCAAGACUGUGCAUUUUUCAAAUUCAGUCAAUGCUAAAUCCGAAAAUUCAUCAUCAGAGUCGAAGGGCGCUUCUAUAAAACCAAAGCGAAACAAAUCAAGUCUCGUAGUUCGUAGGAUUUUAGUAAGUUCAAAAACAAAGAGCGUUCCCUCGGCUCCUACUCUGCGACAUUAAUCAAGACAUAUUAUUAUUGUAAAUUUUAAAAUUCUGAUAUACAUUAAAUACAUCUCCAAGAUUUCCAAAUUAACAAUUUAUGUUUUAUAAUAAUGUGCAUUUUUAAAUGUCCUUUCCUUUUUAUGUAUUUCAAAAAGCACAAUUUGGUGCAUUUUUAAAUUUUUAAAUACAAAAUUAUUAUAAUAAAUAAAUAAAUGAAUAAAUAAGCAACAAUAACAAA